UCCGCCAAUAAACCCACUAAAGAAAGAAAAGAAAGAAAGAGCUCACGUGUCAUGUGUAUCCUCAGUGUUUUUUUCUCUUGAGUGUUUUAUUGAGUGUAAACAGAAUCUUGUCGCUGUGUAUUUUAGUGUUUUUGAUGAGAUGGAUGUGAUGUGCUGUAAAUCAGGAACUGAUCAGGACUUACAGGAUGAGGAAUCUACUGAUCAAACCUCCACAGAGUCUCUGGAUUCUGUCUGUAACGCUGGAGAACAGCAGCAGAUCCUGCAGACCAAACUCAACAUGUGUUCAGUCAAACUCAUCGACUGUGGAAACCAAACCGAGAUAAAGACAGAAGAGGAAAAUCACACGGACGAUGACGAUUUUCUUACGUCAGAUGUGAAGAGUGAAUUAUGUUUGAAUGGAGAAAUACUGUCCUCCACAUCAAAAGAAAGACAUUUAGAGAGACAUGAGAGAAAACACACAGAACAGAAACUCUUCACCUGCAGGAGAUCUGAGAUCAGCUUUACUACCUUACAAGAGAAGAAACUUCAUUCAGAAGAUCACAAAGAGAAGAAGAAGAAGAAGAGGCAGUUUCACUGUCAGCAGUGUGGGAAGAAUUUUGUCGUCUUAUCUCAGCUGAAAGUUCACAUUAAAUCACACAGUGAUGAAAAGUCUUUCUACUGCACUGAAUGUGGCCAUUACUUCAGCACAAAAGGACAUCUUGAUUCUCAUCAGAGAAUUCACACAGGAGAAAAACCAUACGAGUGUCCUCACUGUGAGAAGACAUUCAGCCACAAACAUUAUCUAAAGAGUCAUGUGCGUAUACACACCAAUGAGAGACCGUAUCAGUGCAGUGAAUGUGACAAAGCCUUUAGGCAUGCAAGUUCAUUAAAAUCACACCAGAAAAUUCACUCUGAAGAGAAACUCUUUCAAUGUUCACACUGUGAUAAACGUUUCUGUAAGAAAGCUCAGCUGAUAGACCAUGAGAGAAUUCACACAGGAGAGAAACCUUACUUCUGCCCUCAAUGUGAGUUCAUCAGAGAGUUCACACUGGAGAGAAACCUCAUCACUGUGAUGUUUGUGGGAAGACUUUCAGUCGACAUGCCCAUUUAUUGUCACACCAGAGAGUUCAUACGGGUGAGAAACCUUACGUCUGCUCGAUCUGUGGAAAGAGAUAUGCUUAUUUUGGAGGUUUUCACAAUCAUCAGAAGAAACAUACUGAAGAACAAACUACACUGAAAUCAUCAUAAUGACUGUUUGAGAGUCAGUCAAACCCAGUGUUUUAUUGAGUUUUCAUGUGGUUUAGUGUUGAAGUGAAGUGAUUUCUGAUGAUAUUUCUGUCUUCUUUAUGGAAGUCGUCGUGUUGGGAGAUCAAAGGUUUUGGCUUCUAAGAACACACACACUGAUAACAUGUAUACCUCAAAUGCAAUGUAAGCCACUAUAAAUAAAAGCAUCUGCCCAAUAUCUACAUAUAAUAAAAAGACCAAAUAUUUCAUUUAAUA